GGUUUUAGAGAUCUGAAAUCCGUGCAGAUAUUUAUGAUAUUCGGUUUACUUUUAGUUUGUUUUUGGUUUUCAGUUCAGUCUGGAUAACAAUGUUGAAAAAACGCUAAUAGUCGAGAAAAUUUUGGGUUUAAUUAUGUUCCAAUUUGUUUAGGUAAAGUUUUCAAAUAAUUAUGGGUUUUAGAAGAAUUUUUUUUGGUAAAUCAAAUUUUUAGAAUAAAAUAUCGGAUAGUCAGAAAUAUUUCGGAUAUAAAAACCAUUUUGAUAAUUCAUUUUUAUGGUAAUUCAGUUGCAAAUAGUAUCUCAGGGGAAUCAAAUCAAAUGGCAUUCCAAGAAGAAUAAAUGCAUCUGCUAGACCUUGUACACCAAUACCGAUAGGCCUGCCUAUGACGCAUGUUUGAAGUUUUGGCGGUUGGCAUUCCAAGAAGAAUAAAUGCAUCUGCAUCCACAGGAUACUGAUUCACAUCAAUUAUCUUAUUGAGAUUAACAGUAACGGUUGCAGUAACCUGAAGAAAUAGAAUAUAUAUAUAUAUAUUUUUCUAAAUCAACAUCAAAUUACAGUAACUGUUGCAGCAAACUUAUCAAAAUAAACUUAAGUAAUUAAGCGCUGACCUCUGCUAGUUUGUCGAAAUCAAAGUAACGAUUCUUUGUAAGACAUGUCCAGAGUUAUGCACAAGGUGACAAAGUAAAAUCAAUCAGCGCUGAAACACCUUUUUCAACUCACCUUCUCCCUAACGAAUCGGAAAAAAAAAAAUAAAGAUGACAGACGCGCAGUUGUAUAUACGAAGAGGCAAAAGGGAAAGCAGUUGUAUAAUAAUAUAGGAAGGCAAAAAUAAUAAAGAUGACAGACGACCAGUAAAUUUGGGGAAAGUAAACUACACUAAUUAGUCUUUGAUUACUGUAAAUGAAACUAUUGAAAAGCAGUUGUAUAUAGGAAGAGGCAAAAGGAACAUAAUCGCUACUAUAUAUAAAGAAACAAAGCUAAGUGACAAGAUUAUUCAAACACAAAAUAAGAAGAAAAUACUUGAAAAGCAACAAAGAGAUGAAUUUGAGACUAUAUCUAAAAGAGUUUGAAAGAAAAUUCGAUAUGGAGAAAGCGGUAUGUAACCAUGGCUUCUUCAUGAUGGCUCCAAACGUGUGGGACCCCAAAUCUAAGUCACUAACUCGACCUUUGACCCUUUCAAAUUCCUCUUCUGUCAGUGUGACCAUCUCUCACCCUCGCACUCUCUCUUUUCUUGUGAUCCAAGUUCACGGCAUCAACAAUGUCUCAAGGGUCGACGAAGAACUCAUCUUGCAACAAGUGGGAAGGAUGCUGAGAAUAUCAGCUGAGGACGAUCGUGAUGUGACCGAGUUCCAACAACUUCAUGAGGAUGCAAAGAAGUAUGGUUUCGGUCGAAUUUUCCGCUCGCCCUUUCUCUUUGAAGAUAUGGUGAAAUCCAUCUUGUUGUCUAACAUGACUUGGGAGAGGACACUAGGUAUGGCUUCUAGCCUCUGCUUAUUGCAAUCUAAGCUAGCUGACGGAACCGUUAGUAGUCAAACUAAUAAAAAAAGGAAACGAGUAGUCAAAGCAAGGAAAGAAACAAGUGGAAAUUUCCCUAGUGCCAAGGAAAUAGCUAGCCUUGACAAAGAUUUGAUAAACGAGCACUGUAAACUUGGGUAUAGAGCAAAGUGGAUCGUUAAAUUAGCAAAGAUGGUCGAAAGCGGGAAACUGAAUCUUGAAGAGAUGGAAAGGAGAGAUAUGAAAGCAGAAGAAGUGUCUGAGAAACUGAACAAAUUGAAAGGCUUUGGUCCUUUUUCAACUGCAACAGUGCUUAUGUGUAUUGGUUAUUACCACCUUGUUCCAUCUGAUACCGAGACCCUAAGACUCUUCCGAGAGGUACAUGUAAAUGUGGAAUGUUCGAAAGAGACGCUAGAGACAGCAGCACAAUCCUUCUACGACAGAUUCUCUCCAUUCCAGUCUUUAGCCUACUGGUUUGAUCUAAUCCAAAACUAUGAAACAAAACUUGGCAAGCUUAGCGAGUUGAGUCAGCUUGACUACAAGAGUGUUAGCGGAUGCUCUCACAUGAAGCAACUCAAGGCAGACUAGAUGAAUAUCUCUCUCUAAAAAAACUCGGUUUUUCUUAUUAUUUAAGUAGCUUGGGUUCAAUUUAUUUUAUGUUUUAUUUUUUUCUUUUGGAUUUUUGGCUUUUUGUGUUUUACAUUACAGCUUUGUAACAUUUUAUUUUCAUGACCUGAGAAUUAAAUGUUGGAGAAAGGCUCUGUGAAAUAAAUAAGGGAGAAAAGCUCUCUUAUGUGGUGUGUUGUCUCUAUAACGAAACUAUCUGUUACUGAAGAUCAUAUGUUUGUCCCUAUUUAUGUGUUGUUUUUACGCUUUAGCUGUCCAUCGCUUUUAAAGCUAAGCAAUCCAAAAUACGGUAACUUGACAACCAAUCCUUGGAAUUUUUUUUUCAAUUUUCACAUUUCCAAACUAAUGCUCAAAGGUUUCUUAUGUUCCUACGACGUUCUUUGACAUCUUCAGGUGCAAUGCAACAUAUGCGGUUCCAAAUCUUCCAAGUGUGUGUGAAAAUGAUUUCGUGAUUUUCUUUAACUCUGCAUAAGUGUACUGUUUUAGCAAUACAAUAAAUACAACGACAUUAUUAUUGUCCUUUUUAUUCUUCCUCUUAGUUUGACGCAUGAAGACAAUGAUGGUAGUCGCCAGCCCAGCUGCGGAACCAAUGGCUAUGAGGAUGAUCGCCAGAACAUGUAAAGCUAUUUGACAUUUAUUAGAUCCGGAGAGAUUUCCCUUGGAAUCAUUAAGCUUGAGAAUCUCUAUACCACUCUCAGAACAACCUCGAAAUACUGUAGAUUUUCCUUGUUUUGAGGAUGCAAGUCAAGUCGUAGAUUAGGUCUCUUUCCACUUUUGCGGGGUAAAAAUGUUUUGAAGUCUAGAUACAUCGGAAGCAUCGGGCCACCGCUCAGGUUUCUAACGUCGUCUUGUUACCGAUGUAGAUUGAGAACCUCGGCAAGGCUGCUGCCUUCGCUGUACUGUCACAGAAAUGAAGCCUAAAAAGGUAGUUGAAUCCAGCGUCCACUGCGAAGAGCCAUGUCAAACCAAAAUCUGGGUUUUAAUUUGGUUAGGGUACUUCUCGUUAUAGAUUACGCGAUAGGCGCUACGUAGUAUAAUUGAUAUAUUCCUGUACAAAAGCAUCUACCCUACCAAUCAUUCCGUUACCAACAAAUUCUAUUUUUUUUGUAUGGCUUCAGAAUCGGAAGGCCAAUGUAGGAACAUUCCAAGGUCGGUUAUCUCAGGUACCCCAUCUCCAGCGACCUUGACGCCGUAAACGGUCUCGAGUGCCGUGGUAUCGUCUAUCUCGAGUCACUGUUGCUACCAACAUCUAUUAUGUGGUCAUCAAAUCCUCCGUUUGUGUAAAGCCGGUUAGGCAUAGAAACAAUCUCCAAGCCGUUAAUGAAGGCGAGAGUGUGUGGAGACUUAACUCAACCCAUGAUCCUUCUGCUAGUCCCGCGUCCAGGCUCGGCCAGUGGUGUUGGAGGUAGCGCAGCAAUUGAUGAGGAAGACAUCGGUGGGCUUGCGUGCAGCCGUUUCUCCUUAUCCUCCGUUGGUGGAGGCGGAAAUAAGAAUAGAGAUAACAAACAAAAUAAAACAGAUCAUUGGAACUGAAAAAGAACAAAA